UGCAGUACUUUGUUCAGAACUAGAAAGAAAGUAAAGUCUUAUGAUCACUAACCACAGUGAAUGUUGUAUUUUUGCCUGACUGCAUUUCUAAGACACUGAUAACUUCUGAGUCUUUGACCUUUUUCCUCAGAUGAAGCUCAGUCAGGACAAAAAUAGUUUUAUGCAUUCUGUAGAUCUUUUAUUUUGCAAUCGGAAACAUUUUUUAUUUUUUUUUUACUGUGAAACUGGAUGUUUUCAGUGUUUCUCGUGACUGUCCAGAGUUCGGAGGUCACCCAACGAGAAAACAGAAGAGGAGGUUUGUUGUGGUAAGGAUGGGAUUCGGAUUUUUCAGGUUACAGUGAAAAUGUGCUGAAAGUAAAAAAGAAAGAGAGAAAGAGUCUGAGCUUAGCUACUCCCUCCUACACGCAGAGUAAAGCCACAAAACCUUGAAAUCCACCUACACAUCAACUGCACAUUCAGAAUGGAUUCGAUUAUUUGUAUCACACACACAUUUCCUGAAGCGGUUCACACAUUUCUGACCCUGCUGUAAGCCACGUGGACCGCAGAUGCUCGUUAAUUCACGCGUGGUGACCUCUCGCUGCUAAACUGAACUAAACUGAACCACCAUCAGUUCGUUCACUCCAUCCUCAGAGCAACAUUUCUUUGAUUUCUGUCUCUCUGUCCAUCUCACCGCUCAGCCCACUCUGUUCUCUCACUAUCUGCCUCUUCAUCGCUCUCCAGCUCCCUUACAGCUGAUGGAGCUUAUCACGGACAAAUAGGCUUAGGAGCUUUGCUAUGGCAACGGCGAAUCGUAAAAAGCUGCAUAAGCACUUCGUCGGGGGCCGUGAUCCAAUGCCUCCCCUUGGAGAUGGUGCCCUCAACCUCCUGCAACAAGUAAAGGCAGGUCAGAGAGGCUCCUGGGAGGAGGAAGACCACGAGGAAGAGGAAGGCUCAGAGAGGUGGAGAUAACGCUGAGAGGGAAGAGAGAGUGCAUCUCUCUUCUGUCUCUGGUUUUCAUUUAGGCUGCCCAGCUGCCUCGCUGAUGUCCGACGACUUUGACACUUUUUUCCCUCUGUGAUUUUAUUCCCACUGGAGCCGGACAGCAAACCUGAGAACAAGAAUCAAAGGAGACGGUGACGGAGGGCAGGUCCAUGGCCUCCUGGUUCAACUGGAGCGAGCCGUACCAGCGGAGCCCCCGCAGGGACCCGGCCGACGUCGUCUCCGACACCCUGAUGCUGGAGUUCAGCUGGCAGCUGAAGGAAGCAGAGCGGCUGCAGAGGGGGAGGGAGAACGAGUACCGGCGCUUGAAGACCGGGGUGGAUUACAGCUGGCUGGCCAGCACGCCUCGCUCCUCCUUUAACAUCAGCACCGGGGAGAGGCUGGCCCUGGAGGACCUCUGCUCCAAGGUGCCGCCCUCCUGCUGCGGCCUGGUCAUCCUCAAGUUCAGGGAUGCCAUGCAGGCCAACGAGCCCGAGCCGCACGAGGUGUCGGGCCACUUCCGGGCCGUCCUGCUGGAAGUUCUGGAUCAGCUGAAGGAGGAGCAGGAGGCGCAGCGGCUGGCUCGCCAGUGGAGCAACAAGCGAGCCAUGAGCAUGAACUUCAGGUCGAAGAUCAAGAUCAACCCAUUUGGAAGCACGACGGGCCUCACCGCCGCGGUGGGCAACGGGACGGGGUUGAGCGACCUCAAAACCGUCUCUGAGGACGUGGAGAAGGGGGUGGAGCGGGACGAGAGGUCGCAGAGGGUGUGGAGCAUGCCCGACUUUAGAUAUAAAGGAACCAGCAGCAGCAGCAGAGUGGUCUGA